GUUACCUCGAAAUAUAUUUAGUCGGUUGAUUUGUCUCAAGAUUUUUGUUUUUCAUUUCUUUUAUUUGUUUCAUCAUUCAUUCAUCAGUGUUAUUCGAUUGACAAUUUUUUUCAUUUAAUUAUCAAUUAAACAAUGAGUGAACAAUCAAAAAUUGAUGAAUUUCGUUCGUUGGUUCUGGAAGCCUAUGAAAGUGAAAAAGAAUUUAUUGAUGAUGAUCUCGUUGAAUCAAUGGAACUAAAUGAUUGUAUCAUUCAAAAAUACUUGGAACGGCGAAAAAAUAUAAAAGAUGGUGCUGAAAUGUUGAUCAAUACAUUGAAAUUUUGUAAUAAACAUAACUUAUCACAUUUAAGUGAUGCGAAUUUUCCUGCUGAAUAUUUUAAAAUGGGAAUAGUUUUUGAUUACAAAAAAGAUAAACAAGGUAAUGAUGUUAUGUACAUACGUCAUCAAUUUUAUCGUAAAAUCAAAGAAUUGGAUAUGAUUUGGCGACAAUUUCUCAUCUAUCAAAUGGAUAAAGUUGAUCGAAAAUCCAACAGACAAGGUAUGGCAAUAAUUGUCGAUCUGAAUAAUGUCGGUUUGGAAAAUACUGAUAUGGAUUAUUCAAGAUGGGGUAUGAAAGCGUUUGGAAAUUGUUGUCCAGUCAGUAUCAAUUAUAUAUUACUAUAUAAUCUACCUCGAAUGAUGAGUACUGUUUGGAAUAUUGUUAAAUCAUUGAUGCCAAAAGAUUUAGCACAUUUAAUGAAAUUCUGUAAUGGUGAUGAAAUAUUCGAUUAUGUUGAUAAGGAAAAUUUGCCAAAAUUUCUUGGUGGUGAAUGUCGAUUAAAUCAUUAUCAAGUGCCGAAAAUUUGUCUACCUUUAGCCGAAUUCGGUCAGCAAAAAGGUUGGUCGCAAAAACAAAUCGAUAAGAUUGAAAAGAUGUGGAAACCAUAUCUGGAAAAAUGCGAAGAUGAAAUGAAAUUAUUGGAUCAAUGAAAAAGAAAAAGAAAUGAUAGUUAAAGUUUUUUUUAUGUUUUUGAUAUUUCAAUGUUCAAUGAUAAUGAUAACGAUAUACAAAAUCAUAUCGAAAUCUUUGUUUAUUAUGAUAAAUAUUUGCUCACAAUCAAACAUUCCGAUUAGCAAUUGAUUAAAUUCGAUGAUUUGAAUUGU